AUGGCUGAACGUCAGCUGCACAGACUAGGCUUCGUCCAGAUCCGAACGACUCUUGCGCAACUACCAUACCCGCGAUUGGAGGACCGCCCAACUAUAACCACGGAACGAUUGGUUCUCAAGCCAUUCUAUGAGGGCGCUGCUGAAGACCUUCACCCUAUGCGAGUUCAGCAAGAGGUCAUGAAGUGGACAUCACAAGGCGCCCCAGACAAGAGCAUUGAGGAAACCAGGAAGUGGACUCUAACAAGACUUCCCCCGAACCAUGAGAUCGACUUCAGUUAUGUCAUCAGCCUUCUCGAAACUGGUGAAGUCAUUGGUGCAGGUGGCUCUUUCAGACGAGAGUGCGAGCUUGGAUGGCCAGGGAUCGGAUAUGCAUUUCGAAAAGAGGCUUGGGGAAAGGGCUAUGCAACUGAGUUUGUGAAGGCGUACAUGGAAGCUUGGUGGAAGCUGCCUCGUGUUGAAGUCUUGAUGGAGGUAGACCACACCACCCUCAGUGAAGAAGAAAUAGCCGCCAGUCCAGAAGCUCUGAUUGAAGAACGAUGCUCGGCGGAGGCACUCAGCAACAACCCAGGUAGCCAUCGCGUUUUGGAGAAGGCUGGAUUUGUGAAAGUAAAAGAAUGGAGGAAUGAAGAAAAGAAUUGGUUGAUAUAUGGAUGGGUAACGCCUGCUGAUGCCAGGACAAGAGGAAAGUCAGCAUAA